UAUUUGGCUGUGAAACGGCGAGCAACACGCGCCACGCAAGAUAUUAGUACUAAAUCGGUGGAAGGAAGAAUAUAUUCAGCGUAUUGAAAUCGCGUUAUUUAAAUGUAAUAGAAUAAAAGAACUUUACUUUCUGAAUAUCAAAAUAUUUUACGAAUUCAUACUUACAUAUUCUUAUGUUUAUGUGUACAUAUGUAUAAGCGAUCAGUCAUUACCGGGUGGUACACGAAAAUAUUUUUACCACUGACAACACAAUUAAAAUAAAAAUUAAUAAAAGUUCAAACAUUGCCUGCGUGCACGAGUCACGGAAAAAAAACCAACAACUAAUCACAACCAAAAUUAGUAACAUUGGAAACGUGUAGUAGCGCCAAACAUACGAGUACAUUUGUUGUCUAGCCAAACUAAAAACAAACAAACAAACAAACAACAAAUAUGUAUUUUAGCCUUCGUGCACGGAGCUAGCAAUGCAUCAAUUAUGAAAACCUACAUAGCUAACAACAACUACUCGUAAAAUAAUAGCCGCAUCAACACAAAAGCAGUAGGCAGCAACUAACAAACUACGAGAGCUGCUGAGCUAAGCUGAGCCAAGUCGCCAAGUUUUGUUAUCCAGUUGUCAUACCCACCUGCGGCGCAAGUGAAUGCUCUAACAUCGCGUCUAACUAUAGCACAGAUUAGGCUAAAAAUAGCCCAUAACAUUACCAGCAGCAUUAAAAUACGACAAGGAAUUCGCUGACUUACAAUUACCAUUUCGUAGAAGGUAUUUGAAUACCAAGUAGCGCAUAGUUAGCAGUGAGCAAGCAGAAAAGACAGUGGGACUGACGCUACUUAGUCGUCGCGGUUACUGUGGAUAAUAUAGUAGGCAAAAACAGGUCGCGUCCAAAAAUAGGCAUUUGUGGUGUUAAUCUCUAUAAAAGCGGCAACAGCAGUACUAAAGAAAUAAAACACACCAUUACCAGCAGCAGGCAGUAAUAUUCCCCGCAAUUGAACAUAGAUUUGUAUGUGAGUGGUCCAAACAACAGAGCUCCAACAAAAACAAUAGCAAUAAUAAUAGCAAUAAUAAUAAUAAUAAUAACAGCGGUAGCAGUAUAGUGGAAAAUCGUCACCUAGAAGACUCCAAAACACCGCACACACGAUCGCUGCGACCAGAGCGAUGCUGAGCUCACACCGAAACAGUGCGAUUUACGCACCACAGCACCAAAAGUAUCGGCAUACUACGUAAAUAAAGCAUUAUAUUUUUCGGUGGUGAUACUGGCAUUAACAUAACUUAACACAGGAAAAAAUAAAAAAAAUAAAAGUUUGUGAAAAAUACAACCAACAUUUAGUUCAAUUUUUAAUAUAUGUAGUAUCUGCAAGCAAAAUAAAAUAUGUAUUUUUAAAUUGCUAGUGAUGUGCAACUUGUGAUCUUCAAUUAUUCGUAUUAUCUAAAAACAAAACAAAAAAAAAAACAAAAUUGGCUAAAUCGUUAAAAUUGUAUCUCAACUAAAAAGUUCCUGUGAAGGUGAUUUUAGUGAAAAGGACGAAAAAAAAAAAAUAGAAACACAACAGUGAAACAAAACUUAAAGAAAUAAAAAAAAAACUGAACUACAACAAAGGUUCAAAAAUUACUACAAAGUUUGGAGAAAUCGAAAAAAGGCACGUCAAUUUGCGCGAUUGUUUCUACAGGCGUAUAAUGUUUAGAAAUCGUUUAAGUACUCAUAUUCGCAACAUUCAACCAACAACAAUAAGAAAAAAUGAUGUUCCCUCAACAAACAGUGAAUUUUCAUAACCUGCUAUGCCUUAGCUUGGUCGUGAUUAGCCUAGUGUUUUGUGUGGAGCUAUCGCCGCACUGCACUGAAGCUAUUCCUUUGCUUCCCGGGGGUAGCAGCGAUGUAGAGUUCAAACGGUACUGUAGUACCAAUCUCUCAGAUGCCAUCCGCCUAAUAUGUGGCGGGCGUUACUAUUCGCUAUCACGAAAAUUUCCUGAUAGUGUCGGCAUGGGCCAUGUCUCCAGCCUAAAACGGUUAGCCGGCGAGGACGGUGAAUACCGGCAACCCUUUCAAGGUGCCAUACACGAGUGUUGCCGGCGUCCAUGCGGCUACUCGGAGCUCAAGUCAUAUUGUGACCCUGAUUACUGAUAUUAAAAUGAUAUGCGCGCACAUGACGUAAGAGCGAUUAAUAAUUACUCGCCGGAUGUACUCACACACGAAUUUUAACUCAUCCAUUAGCCAUAACCUCAUGCAUAAGAAUCAUACGAAUUUGUUUUAACGAUUUUACAAAUACAUAUUAAUGAACCCUUAAAAUAAUGCUUUAGAAUAAGAAUUAAAUGUCUCGGCUAAUAUAUGUAUACAGGUAUUAUAAUUGAAAUAUCGGUUACUUAUACAUACAUGUGUAUGUAUAGGUGAUCACGCAUGCAUAUCCUGCACACAUAGAUCGGUAGUUAUGUAUGUAUGUGUAGUGAAAGGAGAAGUUGAAGGUUGAUAAUGUGACCCAUGUGAUAUAAGUACGUGAAGUUAAAUUAUUUUUGUGAAACAAUGACGAAAACAACAAAUAUUAUAAUACAUAGAAAAUUGAGUCGCGAUCUAUGAUCUGUAAAAAUGAUUUUACGCAUUAAAAUGGAAUACCAGAUCUAACUUUUAUAUCUAGAAGAAACAAGUGAUUGGGACAUUGCAAUGUGUUUUGUCAUGCAUAUGUAUGUAUGUAUAUGUGUGUACAUAUAAUAUAUUGAAAAAACUGGCUUGUACUGUUUACAAAUUUUAUACUAUGAGUAUUUGUUGAGAUUAAUGAAUAAAUUAUUUGUUUUGUUGUAUUACUACUAAAACUCAUUAUUUCUAGUUAAAUUGAUUUUAGCUGAAUUUAUGAAACAAAAACGUACAGAAACAACGAAAUAGUUAGUUAAAUCAUUUAUCGUUUUAAAUAUUGUAAUUCGCUAUAUAACUUAGUAACUAAUACAUAUGUGCAAAAGUCUAAUUUUAAUACAAAGUA